UGCAUAUUUGAAAUUUUACUACCGUCCGAGCAACUUCAUUCACAUUCGUUGAGAAAAAGUGUUUUCGAGAAAAGGACUUUUAUUUUCUUCUAGUUUCGGAAAUUUAUCUUAAAAUAAAUAAUUAAAGAAGAUAUCAGAUGGGGAUGCGAGACUUUGGGGCUGCGGGCCGAUUUGGCCAAUGUUUUCUUAUAGUUGUAAACAUUUGGUUUGCUAUUUUAGGUAUAGGGAUGAUCGUGCUAGGUGUGGUCGUGCGUUCAAACCGCGGAGUUGCCGACAACAGAAUUAUACAGAUGCUCCGACAGGGAACCUUAGGUGGUCUUAACCUCGGUGAUAUUAUCGUGGCAUUGUCGGCAAUCAUAAUCGUCGUCGGUGUAUUUACCCUAUUGGUGUCGGCCGACGGUGGUUUUGGUGCCUGCUUUAGAAAGAAAGGACUUCUAGUUGUGUAUGUCAUUGUCCUGGUACUGAUUCUGAUCAUCGAGUUGGCCGCUUUCAUUCUCUGGUGUAAAUUUUACUUUGGGACGAAUAAUUGGUUAAAGGAACAGUUUAACAACUUACUUCGGUUCUAUAAUGGUGUCCAGGGAGCUACCGAUGUCUACUCGAAUGGCUGGAAUACCAUGUUUAUACUGUUGGACUGCUGUGGUUCAUCGCCUAUCUCGACGUUCCGAAAUGACUUUGUGGCGCUACAGACAUAUUGGUGGUCGAACCCGACCCGUCUGCAAGAUCAGAUCCCGUACUCGUGCUGCAAGGAAGCGACCAUUCAAAACUACAGGUUCGGUAGAAACCCUUUGUGCACACAGGCCGGGCAACAACAGCUAUAUAGACCAAGGGGGUGUUACAAUGCCUUCCGUGAGCUGUUCAGCAACUUCUCCGCCGGUGCUAUUGCCCUCUCUGUGCUACUUAUUGUAACUGAGAUUUUAGCUAUAAUUGCUGCUAUUUUGAUGAUCCGUGCCAUCAACAAAGAGAAACGUGGCUCAUUGGAUACUACUAACAGUAACGUAUACAGGAAAGGCGUUCAUGAAAUACCUCUUCCGGAUUCCAAGCCGCGCUGAUAUUGAUGUCAUAAUGCCAUGCUGACUAUAAUAAACACGAUAAUACCAUUCAUUUAUUCCAUGAUGCUAUUAAGAUAGCAAUAUAAUGCCAAUAACCAUACAUAUUAUGAAAAGAUAAUCACAUUUUAGUAAAGUUACAUGAUAAAAUAAGACGAUGACCGUAUCAUCUAUAUACAAAUCAUUUUGACCGCUUUAAAGUUUAAUUUACGUAUAUAAACUACGAUAGUCUGGUAUAAUUAUUCGUGAAGUAAAAGACAGAUUGUGAUACAAAAGUAUAUUAAUUACAGUGAAAUUCUAAUAUCCUAAAU